UGUACACUGUUACCUUUAAUGCGCGGACCGGUGCGGGAGGUGAAGCGGCUCUAUUUCUUUGUAUGUGCUUGAAUAUUCCAAGCCUGUCGUGUUUCGGGAUGGAGCUAUUUGUUUCAGCCCUGUGAGGCUUCACACAUGUUCACGCGCGGAGCCACGCCACACCUUCCUGCAGAGUCCAUCAGGACAUUGCAGUAAGGAAGUGUCCUCGUGUUACACACUUUUCUUCAGGUGAUUGUGGGUAGCCUUUAGCACUAAGCUACACAUCUCUGAGGAGGCGAGAAGACCAAGAGACAAAUGAAAGGAGUGUUUUUUGCUCUCACCAAGAGCUGUUUUUCUCACUCUGCCUCCGUUUCUCAUCCCAUCUGUUGGAGCACUUACGCCAAGACUGUUUCAUAACAAGGAGCUCAUCUCAUCUACAGUUCACUGACUUACACUUUUUCUCAAGAUAACUGAAGAUAACAUUUUGGUUAUUGGAGACUUAAACUUUUUUUUGUGAUAAAAAAAAAAGGCUUUACAUCCCAACACUUUAAAAAAAAUAUUUUCUCUUUGUUUUUGUGGGGUUUUUGUUGUUUUAUUUUUCUUUUUUUUUCUUUUUUUUACCACCAACUAUGGUUAUCUUAUGUUUACAUAGCCCCACCUAAAUUAAAGUUGCUCUCGUCAGGUUGUUCCAGCCUAAUCCUACACUAGUAUGAGUUAUGAUAGCUCCACAUCAAUGCCCAGCAGCAGCACUCGGGGGCGAGUGGCAGGGGCUGAUGAGAAAGACCAGGAAUCAGAGUCACAAGGGUUAAAUGCCCAGAAAACCAGCGGAGCCCAACCUUGCACCAAUGUCACCGCUCAGGACCAAGGCAGUGGAGCUGGAGGGGGUUCAUCGCCCGAGGGAGGCUCCAGAUCUGGAGACCAAAGGGGGCCUAACUCGGACGAUAUGGACGGACUGUCCAGUGGGAAUGAUUCUGGAGAGAGGGAAAGUGAAGGCAGGAUUGAGCGGGAAAACAGGUCCUGUGGACACCAGUCCUCACGCAGCUCCCAUAGUCACAGCUCAUCAAAUGGAAAGGACUCUGGCAUGAUGCUGGAGACCACAGAGAGCAACAAGAGCUCCAACUCCCAGAGUCUGUCCCCACCCAGUAGCUCACUGGCCUACAGCCUACUGUCGACCGGUUCGGAGCACGAUCCCCCCUCCACUUCCGGAUGCAGCAGCAACCAGUCAGCACGGCUGCAGACGCAGAAAGAGUUGAUGAAGGCCAUCAAGGAACUGAAAGUCCGCCUGCCUGCUGAGCGCAAAGCCAAAGGCCACUCCAGCACUCUAAGUGCUCUUAAAUAUGCUCUUCAAUGUGUCAGACAAGUCCGAGCCAAUAAAGAGUACUAUCACCAGUGGAGCGUGGAGGAGUGCCACGGCUGCAGUCUGGACUUGUCUGCCUUCACUAUUGAGGAGCUCGACAAUAUAACCUCAGAAUAUACCCUCAAAAACACUGACACAUUCUCCAUGGCAGUGUCAUUUUUGUCGGGGAAGGUCGUGUAUGUAUCACCCCAGGGAUCCUCCCUGCUGCGCUGCAAGCCCGAGUGUCUCCAGGGCACCAUGUUUUCUGAGCUUUUGGCUCCGCAAGACGUCAGCACCUUCUACAGCGGCACAGCCCCCUGCCGCCUGCCCCCCUGGGCCUCCUGCAUCGGCUCAGCCUCUCCUCCUGUCGACUGCACUCAGGAGAAGUCCAUGUUCUGCCGGAUCAGUGCUGACCGGGCACAAGGGGGUGAGAUGCGCUACUACCCUUUUCGUCUAACGCCCUAUCAGCUCACCCUCAGAGACUCGGAUGCUGCAGAGCCACAGCCCUGCUGCCUGCUCAUCGCAGAGAGGGUCCACUCUGGAUAUGAGGCUCCCCGCAUCCCUCCAGACAAAAGGAUCUUCACCACCAGUCACACUCCCAGCUGCCUGUUUCAAGAAGUUGAUGAGAGGGCGGUGCCGCUGUUGGGCUACCUGCCGCAGGACUUGGUGGGGACCCCCAUCCUGCUCUACAUCCACCCUGAGGACAGAGCCAUGAUGGUGGCUAUCCAUGAGAAGAUCUUUCAGUUUGCAGGGCAGCCAUUUGACUAUUCACCCCUGCGGAUGUGCGCUCGCAGCGGCGAGUAUCUGACCAUCGACACCAGCUGGUCUUCUUUCGUCAACCCCUGGAGCAGGAAGGUGGCAUUCGUCGUAGGACGUCACAAAGUCAGAACGAGCCCUUUGAAUGAAGACGUGUUCUCCAUGCCGCAAGGCUACGAGAGUCGGGUAACCACGCCAGACAUCGUCCAGCUCAGCGAGCAGAUCCACCGGCUCCUGGCGCAGCCGGUCCACAGUGGCAGCUCUCAAGGCUACAGCUCACUGGGGUCCAGUGGCUCGCGGCGCUCUCGCCGUUCCCACCAGCAGCACCUCAGUGCCUCAGCUGGCUCGUCCAGCGACAGCAACAGCCCUGCCAUGGACGAAGCUGCAGCUGUGGUAGCUUUGCACAAACCUAUGACGUUCCAGCAGAUCUGCAAAGACGUCCACAUGGUCAAAACCAAUGGGCAGCAGGUUUUCAUCGAGUCCCGUAAUCGUCCACCACCGAGAAAAAACACUAGCGCAGGCACAGCAAGCAUCAGAGCCAUCUCCAGCGACCCAGUCAAAGGCUUAAUUGCAGACAUGAUGCAGCCACCCAAAGCUUUGGUCUCUGUGCCACUCGUACAGAAGGAGCCCACUACUGGAUACUCCUAUCAACAGAUCAACUGUCUGGACAGCAUCAUCAGAUACUUGGACAGCUGUAACAUUCCUAAUACUGUCAAAAGAAAGUGUGGCUCCUCCUCCUGCACCGCCUCCUCCACGUCUGAUGAUGACAAACAGCCGGAUGCUAGUGGCAACAACAAAGGUGGUUCAGUUAACCUUGUAGGUGAACCACCUCCUCUGCCUCCGCUCACCAUGGCCACGAAGGCAGAGAGUGUAGCCUCAGUUACGUCUCAGUGUAGCUUCAGCAGCACCAUCGUCCAUGUAGGAGACAAGAAACCUCCCGAGUCAGACAUCGUCAUGGAAGAGGUCCCUACAACUCCCACCCUUGCUCCUCCUCCUCCUACUACUACCACCCUAACCCCUACCUUCACCCCUUUGACUCCACCCACAAGCAAUGCAACGCCUUCCGCUAACUUUGCUAUCAGCCUUCCUCCUCCUCCCCCACCCCUGCCCCCUCCUCCACCUUCUCAUCCUCAAGCUAGUCAACCAGAGAGGGACAGUCGGAGAAGUGGAAGCGUGGGAGGCGGCCGGCUGGGCCUGACCAAGGAGGUGCUGUCCGCCCACACCCAGCAGGAGGAGCAAGCGUUCCUCGACCGCUUCAAAGACCUUAGCAAGCUGCGCGUUUUCGAUCAGACAGCUUCCUCAACCGUGCGCUGCCACACUCCAGCUGCUCUGUCACGAGGAGUGCGUUGUUCUCGUGACUACCCUGCAGCAGGAGGCAGCACCGGUCACAGACGAGGCCGUGGCGGUAAGCGGAUCAAGCACCAGGAGUCUUCAGACCAACAUAGCUCUCUUGGUCUGAGUGGGAGUCGUCAGGAUCCCAGAACCAGCGCACCUCCCAUGCCUCUCAGUAUGGCUCUCGGAGCUCCCACAAACUCCUCCUCCUGGCCUUCUCUGGGCUCCCAGGCUAGCAUUCCCUCAGCACCCUUCACCUCUGGAAUGCUUCCAAUCUACCCCGUCUACCCGCCUCUCACACAGCCGUUACCCGUCCCCGAUCCGUCACGUUUCCCCCCUGCCCAGAUGGUACCUCCCAUGAUGGCCCUCGUUUUGCCCAACUACAUGUUCCCACAGAUGGGAGCACCCUUGUCUCAACAGGGGGCCACACCUGGACCUUUCUACAACCCUAAUUAUAGCUACCCCGGACCCCCUCCAGCACCCAUCUCCACGGUUUCUAAUCCUAUGCCCAUCCCCGCCAUGUGCGUCCCGUCCCGUAGCAGCACCCCGCAGUCGUGCAAUCAGACACCUGCUGACCGUGAUGGCGCGGAGUCCCCCCUCUUCCAGUCCCGCUGCUCCUCCCCUCUCAACUUGCUCCAGCUUGAAGAGUCGCCAAGCAACCGGUUAGAGGUGGCUACAGCGCUGGCAGCAUCACAACAAGCCACGCCAUCUGUGCAGGGUGGUGCAGCUGGCGGGCAGAGCUCAGCCAAUCAGAGAAGCUCUGAUAAUACAUCCAAGGAGAACGAGAAUGGUGAAACUAAUGAGUCCAACCAAGAUGCCAUGUCCACCUCCAGCGACCUGCUGGACCUGCUUCUGCAGGAAGACUCCCGGUCAGGCACCGGCUCGGCCGCCUCUGGUUCAGGUUCUUCAGGCACAAGAUCCUCGGGCUCCGGCUCCGGCUCCAACGGCUGCAGCUCCUCCGGCACCAGCGGAACCAGCAGCAGCCAGGGCAGCCACACCAGCAAGUACUUCGGCAGUAUCGACUCGUCAGAGAAUGAUCACUCCCGCAAACAGCCAGCAGGGGGCAGCAACAGCGCUGGAGGAGGCAGCGGGGAGGAGCAGUUCAUCAAGUGUGUCCUGCAGGACCCCAUCUGGCUGCUGAUGGCCAACACAGAUGAUAAGGUCAUGAUGACGUAUCAGCUGCCCAUCAGGGACAUGGAGACGGUGCUGCGGGAAGACCGCGAAGCCUUGAGGAACUUGCAGAAACACCAGCCACGCUUCACAGAUGAGCAGAAGAAGGAGCUGAGCCAGGUUCAUCCCUGGAUCCGUACAGGACGCCUGCCGCGCGCUAUCAACAUCUCUGGCUGUGCAGGCUGCAAGUGUCCCCCCUCCGUCCCCCCCGCCGCCCCUUUUGACGUGGAGAUCCACGAUAUGGAGCUGUGCACUGUGCUGAAGGCUCAGGAGGAAAACGGCAGGAUAAUUGAGAAAAACCUCACAGAGACUGCCAUGGAGGAUGCUCAGCCAGAGGACGAAGAUGAGGAGGAAGAGGCAGAAGAGAAGAAAACCAAAACACAACGUGACAACCGCGACAUGGCAACAGAAGACCAAGGCGCAACAUCCGAAGCUGUGGAAGAAAAAGCAGAGACUUAAAAACAUCUAGGAAGAAAAGCACUCGUGUUUACCACAAUCCCUCUGCUGAUCUACGGAAAACGCACCUUCCAGAACUUUGUGCUUGUACCACAUGACGUGAGAAAAACAAGCCGUGAUGGAACAUUGAGGUGCACAUUAAUCCAGACAACUGCCAUUUAUUGUUCGACAGGUCUGUCUGACGUUGAUCUCAGCGCAUCAGGCAUGUUGUUUGACUGCAUAUGAAACCACCAGAUGGAUACACACUCAGUUUUAGAGAGUGAAUUAGUCUUUUUUUUGUCUUUUUUUUUUUGUUAAUCUUGUAGGCAUAUUUAUUUACGCUGUAAAGUUAUCAGAGAGGACUAAGGUGAAUGUGUUACAAAAAUGCCGCCGCUGCAGAACGAUAUAAGCUCCAUUGCAACAUCCUCCCUGAAGUUUUCAUUUCUUCUGGCCAGGAUUCAGCUCAUCUGUGACUCUUCCUUUUGAAUGUGUCUGGAAUUCAUUUGUCACUUAAAAACUGUAAAAAAAAAUAUUGAUCAUUUUUUGGGGUAAAAAUCCAAAGUAAGUACUUUCAGAGAAGUUGUACAGUGGGAACCAAGUAAUUUUGUAAACAAUGUGUAUAUUUUGAUACUUUAAUUCCCCUCAGAAAGAUGAAGAAUAAAUGCCCAAAAAGAGAAUCUGCUCUGUAAAAAAAUGCAUGUAAAAAAAAAAAUCCAAAAUUGAACAUCUAUUUGUUCUGAAUUUCCAUCAGACAAAAAAAAACAAAAAAAACAAUCAUAUGACAGUCUGGAGCAGAGAGUGUGUGAGAGACAGUGGUCCAGCUGCUUUACUUUAUGUACAGAUCCUGAGGCAUCACGGCAAUCACCAGGACACCAACCUGCACAUUUAACAUAACGUUUUAGUUUAAGCAUUCAUGUGGAGAAUCAACAAAGACAGCUCCAAGAGAUGACUCACUAACAAGCAUUCAGUAUUUCCCUAAAAUGCUCGGCACCCUAAGGAACUGUGAAGCCUUCUGAGGAGGGAGCGCUUUUGUGUUGCCACCGCUUGCUAAUGGUUGCAACCAGGUUUUUAAAGAAACUCUUUAAAAAGUCCUGAGUUGGGAAAGUGUAAACUAUUGUUUGUUUUCCUCUCCGUCACUGUCUUUCUCUUCCUCUCUGUGGCACUGUUCUGGUCAUGUGAUAUCCUAUACUUCAUGGCGUCAGUGGCGUCUGUGACAGUUUCUUAAUAUUUUUGUGAAGUUCUUUGUACAAAAAGAAGACAAUAAAAAUAACUUAAAUUGCCUUUAAA